CUCCAGGCGCACCUGGCCCGAGCGCCGCUCUGUUGCUUGACCGAGCGGCUUCGCUCUGCGGUCGACCGCUCCCUGCCGCCUCACCAUGGCAGGCCAGGCCGGCCUCGCGGGUGCGCUGCUGGACGCCGACGGGCCGUCGGGCUCGGCUCCUCGGGGUGGGUGCGGUGCCGGGCCUGCCGGCCAUCACGAGGCCGAGAGGGCAUGCUGCGGCCAGCUGGACUGUGGGGCCCUCGUGAGCUGGCGCGGGCAGGGGGGGAGCCGCUCGUGGUGGCAGCUCGCGUGCACCGCCUGUCUCCUGGUGGAGUGUGGCGUGCUCUACCUCCACCAGGUCCGAGACAGCGACUGGCUGCUGAGCGUUGGGGCCCUCUGGCUGUGCAAGCUGCUGGUGGAGAUCUGGGGCCAGACGACUCCCACCUGGGUCUGCCCCGGCGGGCCGUUGACGUUUGUCGUCGUGUACGUGUUCGGUGUGCCUGGCAUUCUAUACUACUACAGCUUCUGCAGGCGCAAUAAUGACAUCGUGUUCGAAGGCAGCGAAACCCUUGGAUUUGUAAUGUUUGUUGGGGGAUCGGCAUAUUCCCUGCACUACGAGUUGGAGCGGUUCGCUUGGAAAAUGGAUGGCCGCAAUAAGGGCCGCUUACAUACACACGCAUUGGCGCGCUACUGCAGACACCCCAACUACUUCGGAGACCUAUUCACUUAUACGGGUUGGGGUGUCUUGGCUGGUACAACGUGUGCUGUAAGCGUACCUUUGUUCACUGUCUGGACCUUCAUCUACUUUGUAAUUCCAAAUUCAGAUGCCUAUCUGUCGUCCCGUUACCAGUCUGAAUGGCCAGAGUAUGCGGAGAGGACGCCGAUUCUAUUUCCGUUCUUGCGUUCUUCGGUAGCCAACAAAUUGUUGGCUUGGAUGUGCCUGGUAAUCAGCUUGCGUUUCAGCCUGAAUUGCACAGGCCAGUGUAGUUCAGGGCCUGCGUGAUGCAGUAAUCUCUUGGCCCUUCCUGAAGGCUACGUGGGCCGAGCUUUCACACAUCAGACAAAAAGCUGCGUUGGCCAGUCUGCGGUGAGCUGGGAAAUGCAGAACACGCUGAGUUCGAUGUAUCUUUGGCCAGCCAAGGCAGCCAAGCAAGGUCCAUGCCUUCGUCGCAGGUGCUCCAUCUUGAACCCCUUGUAAAGCGCAAGCCAGAGAUGGUCCCCGGCCCAGCAGGGCCCCUUGGGAGGCCAGGGACAAACGCCGUCCGUCGCGAGUCUUGCACGGCGCGAGGGGGUCCAGGGUCCAGGGUCCAGGGUCGCAAAUCGGCCCCGAGGCUUGUCCUGGGGUGGUUCCCGACAGAAUGUCGAGGUGGAUCCAGCCGUGGCGACGGGGAGCCUUCAUACAGGCGACCCCUCUAGUUCGAUUCUCGCCGUGUCAUCCGCCCCGCUGCGGUUCCACAAGCAUAUAAUUUGUCGAUCCCGUUUGCGGGUCGAUCUCGCCCACGCCACUAUGCCGAAACAUUAUGUUAGUCGCGGUGUGCUGGUGCCGUGGGAGCAUGUGCUUGAAACCCGAAGCGUGGCGUGUCGAAAUAAUCAUUUAGUUGUUUGCUUGGCGCUACAUGCCCAGCCAGCGUCAAGCUAGCACAAUCGCGCUUUCUCGCCAUGGUUUCAAGAUUGAAUGAUGUCUUCUCUGGCGUGUCUGCAUGCCUGCGCCUUCGGGAAAGGGUUCCCGCUUGCGAUCAAAUUUGCAAUGUGGAUGCCGUUCCCGCUGCGUGAUGGAGACGCAAUGGCGCACGCAUUACAGACGGGUAGUCGGGCUACGGCAUCUGAUGCCAGAUUUCAUCAGGCGCCCGGUGUGCAAGAACACGCCGAGCGCACCAGAUGCCAGUCAUCGUAGCUUCACAGAUAACCGUGCGCCCCCGGUCUGGGCAUUGGAUCCCUCACGCGGUACGCUUCACAGGUGAUUGUAGUGGCCUCCGGCCAGUGCCGCCGAUCCGGGGCGUUCCUGAUGCUAUUGUUGUUGGAAUGGA